AUGAGGAGGCCGACACGAGACUGUUUGUGCACGUCGCGAGUGCAGUACGGCACGGCUGACGCCGUGUCCAGCUUCCACCGGCUGCCUUUGGUACAGGAAUUGUGGGUUCACCUAAAAGCUGCAAAGAAACACACUUUUGUGCCAAUCCACGAAAUAGCUGCAUACUUGGGACCUGCAAAAUCAAUGGGAAUGAUAGGACUGCAUGCAUUCACGGGAAAUGAUAAUGUGUCAUCAUUUCACUCAAUUGGCAAAUCAACAGCCCUGAAAAUGAUGCUAGGCUAUGAAGGCUCUGAAGACGCUUUCAUUACCCUAUCAAACGGGAAUUUGGAAGACGCUCGUCCAAAACUCAUAAAUUUUGUUAUAGCCAUGUACACCAAGUCUAAGAUGUACAAAUCCCUAACAGACUGCCGAAGAGCACUUUAUGCCAAGUUUCAGCGCCCUAUGGAGAACGUACCGCCGACAGAAGAUGCUCUUUGCCAGCACAUGAGAAGAGCUUCAUAUCAGGCUCAGGCGCCAGUCUCCUGA